AUGAGUUCAAAAGAAACAACUCCUUCGUUGGAUGUUGAAGAAAUUCUCAAAAAUCGAGAUCAAAUAAAAUUUACAAAUAAUCCAGAUAAAUAUUUUAUUAAAACAGAAAAGCAACAAGUUGAUAUAGAAAAAACAUCAAAUAGAUUUAAAUAUUUAUUAGGUUUAACUAGUCUAUUUAGUCAUUUUAUCGAAGCUAAAGCAAAUAAAGAUCCAAUUUUUAGAAAAAUUGUUGAUGAUUUAAAUAAUAAAAAUUCACAAUCUCAAUCACAAACAAAUGAAUCAAUUAGAAGAAGAAAAACUGAAAAAGAAGAAGAUGCAGAAUUAAUUAAUGAACAAAAUUCAUCUGAACAACCAUUUGAAUUUUUUGAAAGUCCUGGUUAUAUAAAUGGACAAAUGAGACCUUAUCAAAUUCAAGGAUUAAAUUGGUUAAUUUCAUUAUAUGAAAAUCAUUUAUCAGGUAUAUUAGCAGAUGAAAUGGGUUUAGGUAAAACUUUACAAACUAUAUCAUUUUUGGGUUAUUUAAGAUUUAUUCAUAAAAUUAAUGGACCUCAUUUAAUUGUUACACCAAAAUCUACAUUAGAUAAUUGGCAAAGAGAAUUUAAUAGAUGGAUACCUGAAAUAAAUGUAUUAGUAUUACAAGGUGAUAAAGAAGAAAGAUCAAAUAUUAUAAAAAAUAGAUUGUUAACUUGUGAUUUUGAUGUAGUUAUUGCAUCAUAUGAAAUUGUUAUUAGAGAAAAAUCAACAUUUAAAAAAUUUGAUUGGGAAUAUAUUGUUAUAGACGAAGCUCAUAGAAUCAAAAAUGAAGAAAGUUUAUUAUCACAAAUUAUACGUAUGUUUCAUUCAAAAAAUAGAUUAUUAAUUACUGGAACUCCUUUACAAAAUAAUUUAAGAGAAUUAUGGGCAUUAUUAAAUUUUAUAUUACCUGAUGUAUUUGCUGAUAAUGAAUCAUUUGAUGAAUGGUUUAAUCAAUCUGAAUCAAAAAAAGAAGAAGAAGAAGAUAAAGUUAUAUCACAAUUACAUAAAGUUUUAAAACCUUUUUUAUUGAGAAGAAUUAAAGCAGAUGUUGAAAAAUCAUUAUUACCAAAAAAGGAAUUAAAUAUUUAUACAAAAAUGAGUCCAAUGCAAAAAGAUUUAUAUCAAAAAAUUUUAGAAAAAGAUAUUGAUGCAGUUAAUGGAGCUAAUAAAAAGGAAUCUAAAACAAGAUUAUUAAAUAUAGUAAUGCAAUUAAGAAAAUGUUGUAAUCAUCCUUAUUUAUUUGAUGGAGUUGAACCUGGACCUCCAUAUACAACAGAUGAACAUUUAGUUUUUAAUGCUCAAAAAAUGAUUAUAUUAGAUCAAUUAUUAAAAAAAUUUAAAUCAGAAGGUUCAAGAGUCUUGAUUUUCUCACAAAUGAGUAGAAUGUUGGAUAUUUUAGAAGAUUAUUGCUUUUUCAGAGAAUAUAAAUAUUGUAGAAUUGAUGGUCAAACUGAACAUAGUGAUAGAAUUAAUGCAAUUGAUGAAUAUAAUGCACCAGGUAGUGAAAAAUUUAUAUUUUUAUUAACUACAAGAGCAGGAGGAUUAGGUAUAAAUUUAACAUCUGCUGAUAUUGUUAUAAUAUUUGAUUCAGAUUGGAAUCCUCAAGCUGAUUUACAAGCAAUGGACAGAGCUCAUAGAAUUGGUCAAACAAAACAAGUUAAAGUAUUUAGAUUUAUUACAGAAAAUGCAAUUGAAGAAAAAGUUUUAGAAAGAGCUACUCAAAAAUUAAGAUUAGAUCAAUUAGUUAUACAACAAGGUCGUAAUACUAAUGGAUUAGAUGGUCAACAAAGUAAUAAAGCUGCAUCUAAAAAUGAAUUAUUAGAUAUGAUUCAACAUGGUGCUAGUGAUAUUUUUAAAAAAGAUGAAGAUACAACUAAUGAAAUAGAUAUAGAAGAAAUUUUACAAAGAUCAGAAACAAAAACUCAAGAAUUAAAUAAUAAAUAUUCAAAAUUAAAUCUUAAUGCAUUACAAAAUUUCACCAAUGAUGAAAGUGUUUAUGAAUGGAAUGGAGAAAAUUUUAAAAGAAAAGAACCAACAGCAAUAACAAAUAUUGGCCAUGCAUGGAUAAAUCCAGGUAAAAGAGAACGUAAAGAAAAUUAUUCAAUUGAUACUUAUUAUAGAGAUGUUUUAAAUACAGGUAAUAGAAAUCAAUCAUCAAAUAUAAAUAAAUCUGGUCCAAAACCUCCAAAACAAUUAAAUUUAUAUGAUCAUCAAUUUUAUCCAUCAAAAGUUUUUGAACUUCAUGCAUUGGAUAUAGCUUAUUAUAGAAAACAAACUAAUCAUCAAGUUCCAUUGAAAUCUGGUGAUUCAACCACUGAAAGACAAAGAAAAUUAGAACAAAAACUAGAACAAGAAGAAAUUAAUAAUUCAAGACCAUUAACUGAAGAAGAAAAAACAUUGAAAGUUGAAUUAAUGAAAAAGGGUUUUGGUAAUUGGAAUAGAAAAGAAUUUUAUACAUUUAUUGGAGAAUGUGCAAAAUAUGGUAGAAAUUCAAUACCAUUAAUAUCAUUAAAAUUUCCAGAUAAAACUAUUGAAGAAAUAAGAGAAUAUGCAAAAGCAUUUUGGUUAAAUUAUGAAGAAAUUGAAGGUUAUGAAAAAUAUAUUUCACAAAUUGAACAAGGAGAAGAUAAAAUUUUAAAAUUAAAAUUACAAAAAGAAGCAUUAAGAAGAAAAAUUUCUCAAUAUAAUUUCCCAUUAUUAGAAUUAAAAUUAAAAUUUCCACCACAAUCAUCAAGUAGAAGAAUUUUUACAGAAGAAGAAGAUAAAUUUUUAUUAAUUCAAUUAUAUAGAUUUGGAAUUGAUUCACCAAAUUUAUAUGAAAGAAUAAAAGAUGCUAUUAGAGAUUCUCCAUUAUUUCAAUUUGAUUUUUUUUUACAAAGUAGAAAUUCAAAUGAAAUUCAAAGAAGAUGUCAAACUUUAUUAGCUUGUGUUACAAAAGAAAUUAAUCCUGAUGAACAAGCAAAAAUUAAUGGUUCUUCUUUAAAUGGUAAUAGUAAUGGGAAAAAAAGAUCAUUAAAUGAUACUACUAAUUCAACUAAUAAAAAAUCAAAAAAAUAA